AUUUAACCAAUUGUAUUCAUUUGAAGAACCAUAUGCAUAAGCAGAGUCCUGUUUUAACUGACCGUGCCUUAAUGAGAGACCUCAUUGUUCUCCAAAGGUCACGCUCACUUAGAGAUCCUUCUGCGAGCCCUCCUGCUUGGAACACGCCUCCUUCUGUUGUGGAUUUGCUUCCUAAGAAAGGUGAUCUUGUGGAAGGAGGAAGAAGAUCUGUUGAUCAGAAGAAGUCUAGUCGUAGGUUGUCUGCUUUGAGUGGUUCUUCACCUGUUGUGAACUUUGGGACAUCUAAAGUGACUCCUUCUGAUGAAAGGUCGGGUCCGGUUAGUGGUGAAAGGGAUAGUGGUAGGAGAGUUAAGAGAGAUGAAUCUAGUAGAAAGAGUUAUAGAAUUGGGGAUGAUUAUCAAAAUGUUAAUGAGGUUGUUUCUCAUGGUGUUGCUUCGGGUAAUUCGGGAUCAAAAGCUAGUAGGAGGCUUAGUAGGGUUAAUGAUGCUAUUGUUAAGACAUUGUCUGAUCAGUUAAAUGAGGUUGUUGUGGGUGAUAGUGAUGAUGUGGUUUCAUCUAAUGUUCGUCCACGGGUUCGGUAUGGUGGUGGCGGUAGUAAUACUAGGGGAUGUGCGGGUGGAAUGAGUCGGCCUAAAAGACGGAAAUUUAAAGGAACGAGGAGAGUUCGGGGAAAGAGUAGAGAUACUGGUGGUGGUAAGAGUGAGAUGUCUGUUGCUUCUAACACAUUGCCUCAAGGUGAGAAACAUGAGGGAGAAAAGGAGGGAUUUGGGGAACAGAACAUGACUAAAGCUUGUGGGAUUCCGUUUAAUUGGUCGAGAAUUCAUCACCGAGGGAAAACUUUUCUCGAUAAGGCGGGUAGGAGCUUGUCUUGUGGUAUGUCUGAUUCAAAAGGUAGGAAAGGUGAAACCAAUGAGAGAAAUGGUUCUGAUAUGAUGAUGAUACAAUCUGAUGAUGACUCAAGCUCCUUUAUCCCCUCUGAUGGUGAAGCACUUCCCUUACUAGUUGAUAGUGCAGAGAAUGAUGGUUGGGUGCACGAUUACUCGGGGGAGCUAGGGAUUUUUGCAGACAGUCUGCUCAAGAACGAUGAAGAUUCUGACCUUGCUUCAGAAGGAAGGUCAGGGGAGAAAAAACACAAAAAGAAGAGCCAUGUAAAUGCUCGGCAUCGACAUCAGCAACAACAUCAGAGUCUAACGGAAAAAUACACGCCUAAAACAUUCCGGGAUCUCCUUGGUCAGAAUCUGGUGGUACAGGCUCUUUCUAAUGCAGUUGCUAGACGAAAGCUUGGACUUUUGUAUGUCUUCCACGGGCCAAAUGGAACCGGAAAGACCUCUUGUGCUCGGAUAUUUGCAAGGGCUUUGAACUGUCAUUCCAUGGAACAACCAAAGCCUUGUGGCACUUGCAGUUCUUGUGUUUCACAUGAUAUGGGUAAAAGCUGGAACAUUCGGGAAGUGGGUCCUGUCGGGAACUAUGACUUUGAGAACAUCAUGGAUUUACUCGAUGGUAAUGUGAUGGUUUCGUCGCAGUCACCUCGGGUGUUCAUAUUUGAUGAUUGUGAUACCUUGUCAUCUGAUUGUUGGAAUGCACUGUCCAAAGUGGUGGAUCGAGCAGCGCCACGUCGGGUAGUCUUUAUCCUCGUGUGUUCGAGUCUUGAUGUACUGCCUCAUGUGAUCAUAUCGAGGUGCCAGAAAUUCUUUUUCCCGAAACUCAAGGACGCGGAUAUAGUUUACUCAUUGCAAUGGAUUGCAUCAAAGGAAGAGAUUGAGAUAGAUAAAGAUGCAUUGAAGCUUAUUGCUUCAAGAUCAGAUGGUUCCUUGAGAGAUGCUGAGAUGACUCUUGAACAGCUGAGUUUGUUAGGACAGAGGAUCUCUGUUCCUUUAGUUCAGGAACUGGUUGGGCUUGUUUCUGAUGAGAAAUUAGUGGAUCUUCUUGAUUUAGCUUUAUCUGCAGAUACUGUAAAUACUGUGAAGAAUCUGAGAACAAUAAUGGAAACAAGUGUAGAACCAUUGGCUUUAAUGUCUCAGCUUGCAACGGUCAUAACCGAUAUUCUUGCCGGUAGUUAUGAUUUCACUAAAGAUAGGCAUAAAAGAAAGUUUUUUCGACGGCAACCAUUACCUAAAGAAGAUAUGGAGAAACUGAGACAGGCUCUUAAGACGUUAUCCGAGGCAGAAAAACAGCUGAGAGUAUCAAACGAUAAACUGACUUGGCUCACAGCCGCAUUGCUUCAAUUGGCUCCUGAUCAGAACUAUCUGCUUCAACGUUCGUCCACUGCAGAUACUAGUUUUAACCGUAGCCCAAUACCAUUAGAGAACAAUGGAGGUAGAGAUAGCGCAGAUCACCAUUUGGAUCCUUCUAGUGAUCCAGCAGGUGGAAGAAGUUCUGGAUUGGACAGAAGAAGAGGAGAUAGUAGAAAAAACCGACCCGCUGUUGAAGAAAUUUGGUUAGAGGUUAUCGAGAAGCUUAGAGUUAACGGUUUGAGAGAGUUUCUUUAUAAAGAAGGAAGAAUCGUCUCUCUUAAUCUCGGAUCAGCUCCUACUGUGCAUCUAAUGUUCUCUUCGCCGUUAACCAAAUCCACGGCUGAGAAAUUUCGUGGCCAUAUUAUGCAAGCGUUCGAGGCGGUUCUUGAGUCUCCUGUCACUAUAGAGAUCAGAUGCGAGGCAAAGAAAGACCCAAGAAACAACGUGCAUCAUCAUCAUCAGCACCCACCUGUGAAAGACAAAAGCCUGCCACAAUCUUUAGCACUCAUUGGCCACGAUUACAACAUCGAUGGAAGUGGAAGAAGUGAGAUAGUAGAAGUUACUGAAUCUAACGGACAAAGACGACAGCAACAAGAACAGAAGCAGCAGGAAGAGGAGAGGACAGAGCGAGUUGGUUCUUCUGCUUUAGCCCGAGCUAGAAGGAAACAUUUGGAAGCAAGCCAGAGUCAGAACCAGAGCCAAAGCAUCGUGAGAGGUAAGGUCUCGUUGGCUCAUGUGAUUCAGCAAGCUGACGGAUGCACACUCCAAAACGGUUGGUCUAAACGCAAGGCCGUGUCUAUCGCCGAGAAGCUGGAACAAGAGAAUCUGAGACUUGAACCAAGAUCAAGAAGCUUGUUAUGCUGGAAAUCGUCAAGAGGUACACGUCGCAAGGCCACGAGGUUGAAGAUGAGAACAAGAAGGGCGAGACCACAUUCGUUAUUGAAGCUCGUGUCGUGCGGGAAAUGUCUGUCGACAAGAUCUCCAACAAGAUAAAGGCUUUUGUUCUUUGGUCGAUCAUACGCAGAUUUUACUGUAAUUUUAAUCAAUGUAGCUUUCUUCGCAAUUUUUUCAAUCAUUAUGGAUCUGUUCUUACCACCAAUAAAUGGAUUAGUUCUAA